AUGUGGCCUUCAAAACGGUUGUUUUUGGACUGGUACAAGACCCUGGGCCCCAAAUCUCUGCAAGAAAUGAAGAUUGAGUACCUGAAAUAUCUUGCCGCGGACAAGUCGCUGAAUCUCCAGCGCUUGUCUGCCGCGUGGCUUGAGAUUUGCAAGGGAGUCCACGGCACCGUCCAGGCCUUUUUACACAACUACAAGGACAAUCGCACCGUUCCGGCUUUCUUCAGUCACGGAUAUGCGGUUCGCGGUCUUGUGGAUCUCUCCGACGAGAUUCAGCUGAUCGAGCUCUGCUUCGGCCUGCAUCAAAAACAGCGGCUGUUUACUGAAGACUCUGAGUUGUAUGAAUACACCCAGGAACAAGUGGUUGCUGAGGUGAACUCGUUUUUGCGGCAGCUUAAAGACUUACAACCGAGAGAUCAACAUCAACAAGAUGGCCGAGCAGCCUCUACCUCACCUAAAGAGGCCCCUUUUGUCAAGAGACCCUGUGAGGAAGAUUCCACCGAGGAGCUUGGUUCUCCUAAAAAGAAGCGUAAGAUGGAGUCAGAGGGGGAACCAUUGGAGACUGAGCAGUAUGAAGAGAUUGAGCAGUAUCAAGUAGAGACUGAGCAGUAUCAAGAGUCUGAGCAGUAUCAAGAGUCUGAAGCCGAUCAAGAGUCCGAAGCCGAUCAUGAGUCCGAAGCCGAUCAAGAGUCCGAAGCCGAUCAAGAGUUCGAAGCCGAUCAAGAAGAGCCUGAGGGUCCCCCUCAUUCCCUCCAGGAAAUUUGCCAGAAUGGGCUACGAAGGCGAUUCCGAUCAUCCCACUCCACCCAAGACAUUAACGUCUCACCAUACAAAGCUAGCACGCCAAAAUCAAUCUCAACUCCACCAGCGCCCAGAAAGAAGCCCAAUCGAACCCAUUUGUUAGACACUAGCACCGAAAGCAACGACUCCACUUUGAUUGAGACUCCGACAGCAACCCCACGGAAUCGAGCCGCCAGAAAACACAACACCCUCCAGUACAAGCUUCUGGCUAAACGUCUGUCCAGCCGCACUUCUCCAAAAAGUGCCAGAAGCAGCACAGGCAGUGCACGAACAUGCAACACCACCAUCGGAGAUGAACAGAGUGAUGGAAAAGUCUUCGACGCCGGCGGUAACGAUGGAGAUUAUGUCAUCGACGCCCGCGACACCUGUGUCGAAGGGGAUGUCGAUUAUGUCAUUGAAAUUGGCGACACUUCUGACGAAGUGGAUGUCCAUUAUGUCAUUGAAAUUCGCAACUCAAGUACCACUCCUAGACGUAAUCAGCCCAGAAACACUCCUCGCCAAAAAGAUAACAAGAUGGUGGGAUGGCAGAAUCUGGGGUCGGAUGUGGACUUUUCGGACGCCGAGUCGAUUUUGUCGAUGGUAGGAGAUCCAGAAGAUGUUGAUUUCUUGCCUGGAAUGCCUUUGGAUUAG